AUGCGCACCUCUCUUUUGCCCCUCCUCCUCCAAGCCUCCCGCCUCGCCGCAAUCAACAACCCCUCCAACAUACACAUCUUUCCACGGAUCCCCGCGCCCUGCUAUCUCAUCUGCCGCCGCGCAUUCACCUGUUCUCCCCCAUCACAGCAGAACUUCCAGGGUAUAAUGGCGGAGUUGAGACAGGAAGAGAUAUGUGAGGAGGUAGAGCGACUCGCAAAGCCUGCCGAGAGCGAGGCAGAGAUAUUGAAUGGUGAGAAAGGGCCGGUUGUGAAGCCCGAGGGGAAAGUUGCGCAGGAGCAGAAGAAAGUGGAGGAAAAACUGCCGAAGUUGAGUGCUGCGGAGUUCAGAGCUUACAAUUCUAUGGCUGAGCAUAUGGAAUACUUCCACAACCACUUCCGCCAAUCUUGGACCCUCCUCUACACAGCCUGCGAAAACAACAAACGCCCUUCAAACAUGUCCCUCAAACAAUUCCUUUCCACGGGUAUCCAAUUCUGCUCCCACCUAUCCACACACCACGCCAUAGAAGAACAACAUAUCUUUCCCGUCCUAGCACAGAAAAUGCCGGAAUUCAAGAAUGGGAAGAAUGCGGCGGAGCUGCUGAGACAGCAUAAAGAGAUACAUAAGGGUAUGGAUGCGUUUGAGGAGUAUUUGGAGAGGUGUAGGAGUGGAGAGACGGAGUUACAGUUGAGCGUAUUGAGAGAGAAGAUGGAUAGUUGGGGGAAAGUUCUUUGGACACAUUUGGAGCAGGAAGUUAAGACGCUAGGAGCGGAGAAUAUGAGGAAAUAUUGGACAGUUGAGGAGAUGAGGAGGAUGCCAAUGUAG